AUGGCUCUUCAAUUCCACCCCACAUCUCUCAAAACAGGUGAUUUCUUCAAUAUUGCAGAAUCACUUGGCUUCAAAUCUGCUCUCUCUAGUCAAAAUGAGAAUCAUUUGAAGCAUGUUUUGAUGCUUCUCUAUGCUGCUGAGGAUUUCUUAAACGAAGACUACGAUCAAGCUGAAAGCCACCUCGUCUCCGUUCCAACGUCAGGCCAUCUCCCCAUUGAGAGAGUCCUCACUUGCUAUGCCAAAUACUUAAGAGAAAGAAUUGAUGCCAAGAAAUGCAGAAUCGAUUUGGAGAGGCAAGUAAACCGUUUCGAUUUGGAAGCAGAAAUGAGAGAUAUCAAAGAUGCUAUCAUAGCUUGUGAGCAGAAACUCCCACUUAUCCAAAUCUCCAACUAUGCUGCAAUUCAGACCAUCUUGGACAGCUUGUCAUCGGCAGAGAAAAUCCACUUCAUCGACAUAUGCAGAAAGCUCUGCUCUUACUGGAUAGUGAUGAUGCAAGCUCUAUCCAACCGAAAAAACUGCCAACUGAAGCAGCUCAAGAUCACUGCAGUCUGCUCACCGGUAUACAAUGUAGCAGAGAGUGGCAAACUUCUCUCCUCCAUUGCAGAGUCCAUGAACAUCCCUCUUGUCUUCAAAACACUCCUUGCAGAGAAGAGUGCGCUUGCUAACGUUCAUUUUGAGCCCGAGGAAGGCGAAAAAGUGGCAGUUUUCAUGGAUCACAGCCUCCAUUGGUUGGCAGCCUGCACCAAAAAUGUGGAGGGCUUAUUAAGAGGCCUUAAAAGGCUCAAUCCUCAUGUGAUGGUUGCCGUUGAUGUGGAAGAGAGUUUCACCACUUCAAGCUUUGGUGAGCGUUUCAGAGGCGCGCUGUCUAUGUCUAGUGCUGUUGUGGACUGCCUAGAGAGCUGCCUCGAAGGGGAGAGGCGUUGCAUCGAUGUAAUUGAGAGACUCCACUUUCAAUAA